AUGGAGUCGGGCAAGAUGGCGCCUCCCAAGAACGCUCCGAGAGAUGCCUUGGUGAUGGCACAGAUUCUGAAGGAUAUGGGAAUUACAGAGUACGAACCAAGGGUUAUAAAUCAAAUGUUGGAAUUUGCUUUCCGAUACGUGACUUCAAUUCUGGAUGAUGCAAAAAUUUAUUCAAGCCAUGCUAAGAAACCUAACGUUGAUGCAGAUGAUGUGAGACUGGCAAUCCAAUGUCGGGCUGACCAAUCUUUUACCUCCCCUCCCCCAAGAGAUUUUUUACUGGAUAUCGCAAGGCAGAAAAAUCAAACCCCUUUACCGCUGAUUAAGCCAUAUGCAGGACCCAGACUGCCACCUGACAGAUACUGCUUGACAGCUCCAAACUAUAGGCUAAAGUCCUUAAUUAAAAAGGGACCUAACCAAGGACGACUAGUUCCACGGUUAAGUGUUGGAGCUGUUAGUAGCAGACCCACCACUCCAAGCAUAGCAACCCCACAAACAGCAUCUGUCCCAAAUAAAGUUGCACCUCCAGUGUCAGUGACAAGCCAAAGAUUCACAGUGCAGAUUCCACCUUCUCAGUCCACACCUGUCAAACCAGUUCCUGCAACAACUGCAGUUCAGAAUGUUCUGCUUAAUCCUUCAAUGAUUGGGCCCAAAAAUAUCCUUAUUACCACCAACAUGGUUUCAUCACAGAACACAGCCAAUGAAUCAAACCCACUGAAGAGAAAACAUGAAGAUGAUGAUGACAAUGAUACUAUGUAA